AAAAAAAAAAUCAAAUGUCAAAAAUGACAGUUUUACAAAUUUCUUAAACAUUUCGACAACUUUGAGAUCAAAAUUCAAGUUUUCUAAAUUGUUUGUAUAAAUUGCGAAAUAACUUGAAAAUGCUUCGUUGGAAGCAGUACCCGACAGCGCAACAUAGCGAGCACUGUGAAUGUCCUAGAUGCGUUCACAUACCUCAGAAACCAUACGAGGAACACUAUUGCCAACCACAACCCGUACAAUAUGAUUGCCAACCACUAGGAAUAUGCAAUAUGCCGGAAUAUGCAGUACAAUGCCCCCAACUAGGAAUAUGUUACUGUAAACCAGAACCAAUGUUUGAACCGUAUCGCCCAUCAGUCUACCAUCAGUACAGUCAACAACCUUGUAACACCUGCGGCAGAGUUCACUUUCAACAAAACACCAAUGUAUCUGGAAUACUUCCAUUGGAAUACGAAUACAAUAUGUCGAGCUGCUAUUCAAUGGCGAAUUCCACCCAUUCAGGGUGUGGAGGACCCAGCACGGUUUGCCAGGUUCAAAGAAGAAUGACUACUGCAUCCAUGAUGCCCAGGAGAUCAACAGUUGUCGGCAGAAGAAAUGGUUUGGAAGAUGAUGAUAAUUUUCCUAAGAAUAUUGCACUUCAAACUUGUAAGGAUACAGGAGUAGGAGAUUGCCCCGCCUGUCUUGGUACAACAACAAACUGUCAUGACAAAGAAUGCCAAUUAUGUUGCGAAGUCAAAGUUUGCGGACCAAGCUUUAAAAACUGUCCAUUCCAAGAAGGUAUGGGAAUCCAAACCGAUCCAAUAUGCCAGUUCCUUGAGAGACCUUGUAGAUGUGUAGACCCUUGCGGUUACGGAGUUUGCACUAUCGAUGAAAAUUGCGAGGAUAUUGGGCUUACAUGCAGAUGCAUAGACAAAGACUGUAACACCAGUAAACAUUGCAUCGUUAUUGAUGAUAUAGGCCCGUGUGUUUUUACGGAAGAGGAGUGCCGAUGCACCACCAAAAAUUGUGAUGUUACACAAAAAUGUACGCUUAUGGAAGAAGAUGAAUUUAGGGACGUCCAACAGUAUACUACCUGUUCAAGCCCUUGCCUAAAUACUCAGAAGGCCAGAUGUGGUCAAUCCUAUGCUAGUACAGGGCAGCCACCAUAUCCAUGUGAAGCAAAACCAGAAUUUUACCAUGAACAAAGCAGCUCUUAUCCAGCAAUAUCUCAAGAGCUCCAUCCAAUGAAUACUAGUGCUCCAGUACAAGAGUUAAAUCAACCACAAUUAACCUAUUAUUAUCCACCCAUAUAUGCAGAAUCCCAAGGAACGAAUACCUCUCCUCCAAUACAGAAGUAUAGUCAAACGCAACAAAACUACUAUCAUCCACCCACAAGUCAGGAAUCCCAGCCAAUGAAUAACAACUAUACAGCAGUACGGGAACAUAGUUACGUAAACAAUGCUUUAUGUCAGACGUCGCCAGGACCUCCAGGUGAUUCUCCCAUGUCAGUGUCGAGCACAACUUUGAAUACCUGUAACGAUACUGAUCCAGAAGAUGUUCUUAGUUUCACAAAACUACAAAAGAAUAUGGAUACAAAUUUUAAUGCAUCAUCAAGCAAAAUUACAAACAUCUCAGUUGGACAACCGACAGUCGGAACUAUAAGCUUAGGUCGACCUGGCGUGGUACAAGGUAACUUAAAGUGUAGCGCAGAAAAAUCUAGCAGUAUUAAGGACUGCAAUUGCUUAAAUGAGAACUACGGUGGCGUAGCUGACCUAGUAGAAAUUCAUAUUCCUUUAACAUCUAAUAUGGAAUCAAACAACAACCCAAAAAAUCCGAUAGAUUUUACGCCUAAAAUGAACCCUGGACUAUCUCAUGUACCUCCAAAUACAAACCAACAAACAAAUCUGGAACCAGAAAAAUGUUACAAUGCAGCAAGUGCAGGAACGCGUCCUAUAAAUCAAGGAACGAAUUUUGGAACAUAUUCAGCAUGUUCUGGUACGAAUCAAAUAACGAAUCCCGGAAUAUGCGUGUGUCCCCAAAGUGAACAAGUUCCAUUAGACCGGGGAUUUAAUAUUCAAGCCUCAAUGUUCAGGCCACAAAUGGUUUUGCCACAUCAAAGACCACAAAGUGAGGCUGUGGAACAGAAUAUGUAUCCUUCACCGAUUUCAGAACAACCGACUUACCAGGCGAAUAAUAGAAGAUCGCGUUUAGCAAACAGGAAAGUAAGCAUUGUAUCUCCUUGUAACUCGAACAGUGCAGAUUCUAAAGCUUAUAUAAAUGGAAGACAAAGUAUGGUAAAUCGAGAAGCAAAAAGCAGUAUGGUUCCUUCAUCUUGCAGGCCUAAUAUUUUACGACCGGCAAUGCUAAAUAAGAAAAUUUACUGCAUCGAUGGCACCGAUGAAUAUGAUCGUAUACAAGAGCAAGACCAAACUUGUGAUACGGACACCUGUUCUUUUGCUAGGGAGCCUUUUAUGCCACAACCAAUUCCAAAAUAUCCGUCAACUGAUCAGCCGCAAGAUCGAAUAGUAAACACCGAUCCCCAAAGUAUAUCUACUACUGAUCCAAACUAUGAGGUAAUAAUAAAAGAAAUUCCUAUGCCUAAUGGACAAACAAGAAGCAAAAUUAGUAUAAGAGCUGUUUCACAUUCAAACUUAUCUCCAUCCACAAGAGUACAGCAAAAAAACAAUGCCGAGUGCAGUUUGCAACAUAAGGCUAUGCAGUCUCUUCCCAUGAAACGACGACAGCAAUCGACCCAGAGUUUAUCACAGGAAGUGAGGCCUGGGGUGACUAGGAGAAAUUUCCCAAUAAUGGGAGUAUCUACACAUACCCCAAAGCCUAUAUAUCCUAUUUUAGCAAAGAGCAAGUCGAAUGUUCACUUUGACAUUGAUGUUUUUGAUGAGGAAAAUAACGAUAAGACGAUAGUGUUAAGAAGAAGUGUUCAAAGUCAGUCCAAAACCAAUACAGUGAGGCAGUCUCCUUCUAAUAAGAGCACUAAAAGCCGAAAACGCUAAACAAGAGGGAUGUAUGUAGUACAUGAUGUAUGUAAUUUGUAAUAUAGCUUUGUUAUUUAUUAUUUUUUAAUAUAAAUAUUUUAAGAUUUGAAUAA